UAUUAAAAGCAAUAAGAGAAAUGUGAGUUUAAAUAGUUAUUAAUCAAUUUUCUGAAUUGCUAUCAAAAAGAAAAAUGGUGAAUUAUAAGUGCAAGCGGAAAAUUGGAGAACCAUAAUGUUGCGUAUUGUGCACACAAAAUGUAGAAAGGCUGUAGUGUGAGUGAAAGAGAAAUACAAUUUUAAUUUCUCUUAUCCACAAUAGAAAAUAAAAGUAAAAACAAUAAACGGAGUAAUAUAUUUUGUAAACAGUGAAUAAAAACACAGGUUUCAUUUUAUUUGUUAAAUUAACUAUAAAAAUGGAUAUUCAAAAUAAAUCUGCUAUAACGGAUUCUGCUGAAUUGCAACUAAAGAAAGUUGAAGAAGUUAAUUCAAAAGCAGACAAAAUAAAUGAUGAGCAAAACGAUCAUAUACCUCUCAAUACCACUGAAAUAAAAUCUUCUAAUACGCGGAAAAUGUCUCCAAUAAAAGAUCAUAUUUCAGCCGAUAAAACAUUAAAAAAAGAUACAAGUAAGGAAAUUAAAACCAUUGAAAAUGACACCGAAGUUCUGAAAGGUGAAAAUAAAAUUAAAAAUAAAAGCGCUGAGAAUGCAAAAGAUCUUCUGCCAGUGACAAAGAAAAGUCCUUCCCCGACAACGCAAUCUCAAACGCCACCUCAAGCAGAGGCCGCAAAUUCAAUUCCAGACAAUAUUCUGUCCCCUCCAAAGUCCGAAACACAAACUGAUGAAACUAAUACUGCGACGUCAUCAUCUCCCGCUUCUGAUUCUCAAUUAUCACCCGAAGUUGUGCCUGAAAUCAAACCUAAAACCAACAGUUCUCAAGCUUCACCUCGUAACACUGACAACUCAGAAGCACCAAUUUCUACAAAAAAUCUGGGUCGUGUCGUUCAACCGAUAAACAUUGUUGCUAAUGGCACUAUACCAAAAUCUGGUAAACCUUUAAUGGCGUCCAUCAAUAAAAAAAUCAACAAAUCAUCACGCUCAACGCGUCCAAGAAAGCAAAAAGUACCAAUAUAUGAAAGUGAGAUAAGCGAUAAUAAAGUUGGCAUCAAGCUAUGUAUUAAAAAGUCUGAUGCAACAGUAACUGCAACUGCACCAACUCCACCCACAUCUUCAAAACAAAUUCGUAAACGUUCCCGUAAAUCAAAAUCUCGUCAUCGUGUCGAUAGCGAUGACAGUGAAUAUGAAACGAAACGCAAAAAAGAUCGCAAUCCCAAUAACAACAAUGAACGUCAAAAAAAGGUUUCAUUCAGUGGAGUCAAAGCAGAAGAAGCAAGUGAACCAAUUGAGCAAAGCAUAUGGGGAUCAAAGAUUCCAGAAGAUGUACUCUAUCAAAUUUUUGAAAAGGCAGUUGAAAAAGAAGGAUCUUUGCCAACAUUAUGCCGUUUGGGAAGAGUAUGCGCUUUAUGGCGGCGAGUAUCAGUGCGACCCACAUUAUGGAAAGUAUUAGACCUUACAACUUGGUUUAAAGAAAAAUCUAGAACUGAACUUAGGUUGAAGUGGGUUGUGGAUAAUCGCUGCAGCUCUUGCACAGAUUUAAAUAUCUCAAAUUGGAAGGUCACUGACAUUAACUGCUUUCUUCACAAAUUAGCUGCUGGAUGUACAAACUUAACGGGUAUUACAUUAGCGGGCUGGAAAGGUUUCACAUGCGAUCAUUUGGCGUUUUUAGUUAACAAUAUGAAGAAAUUAGAACGGAUUGAUUUAAGCUCAGUUAAUGUUGAAAUGAAUGCAAGUAAAAGCGCUGUUGGCCUGCAAUCCCUUUGUACUGCAUUGCAGACAAUGAAUAAACGGCUUACGCAUUUGUAUUUGGCACAUAAUCGUCUGGCAGGAAUACCACAAAUUGUUAACAUUUUAUCGGACCAUUGUGCGAAUCUGGUGCUCCUGGAUCUCUCUAACGUAACCACUCAAGCCACAUCACAUGGGAUACUACGUAUAGAAAAA